UGUAUAGUUUCACACGUAGGAACACCUACCCAAAGGUUCAUUGACUCGGUUAUCAGUAUACAAAUAUAUUAUGUGACCAAAAUAAUGGCGAAAGAAAACAAGGGAGUUUCGGCACUUGGUCUUAACAAAUCUUUCAUUCAGUUUAAAGGAGUUUGGAUGUGGGAUAAUUCACAACCGGAGAUCUUUACUUCAUUUAAAGGGAGGCCAUCUGAUGUGUGGGUUUGUAGUUUCCCUAGAUCGGGCACAACUCUAGUUCAAGAGAUUGUAUACCUUGUAGAGACGCUAGAUUUUGACGGAGCUAUAACAAAGCCGCUAGAUGAGAGGUUUCCUUUCGCGGACGUUUACAAUGAAGAUCUACCAUUUUACAAAGGACUAACUGGAUUAAAAGAGGCGAAAAUCCCAAGACUGAUCAAAACACAUUUCCACUAUUUCCUGCUUCCGGAAGAUUUAAAACGAGGCUGUGGAAAAAUCAUAAAUGUAUAUAGAAAUCCAAAAGCUGUGGUAGUGAGUUUAUUCAAACUUUUGAAGUUCCUGCGGACACCAAUGGCAGAUACGUUAGAAGAAUUUAUUGAAAUGUUUGUCAAUGAUAAAGUAUACGGCAGUCCAUGGGCAGCUCAUGUACGCGAGUUCCAGGAGCACAAAAAUGAUGAAAACGUUCUUAUUCUCAAGUAUGAAGAUAUUAUAAAGGACAAAGUUUCAGAAGUUCGAAAAAUAGCUUCAUUCUUGAAUCGUGACUUGUCUGCAGACGACAUAGCUAAGAUAGUUGAGUAUGUUGAUAUUGAAAAUAUGAGAAAAAACGGAAUGGUGAAUUUUGCCGUACAGGAAGAAGUAUGGAGUACAGAUAAAUCUGCUGGGGCUUUCAUUAAUUCAGGAAAAGCCGAAAGUUGGAGAGACGUUAUAGCACCAUAUCUCCAGUUGAAGAUUGAUAAUAUGAUAGAGAAAUCUCUCGAUGCUCUAAAUAUCAAUUUUGAUUGACAGCAGUGUCUACUCUUACAUUCAGUCAGAGGUGUUAUAUUUCCGAUACUUGAAAACUCAUCACGAUAAUGACAAUCUUGUUGUGUUUCUGGUAGUUCAAGUUAUUUCAGUUAUUAAUAAUAUUUCCACCGAGGGACAUGGAGACAUCACCUUUAUUUUGUUAUUAUAUGACUGAGGUAGAUACUGUUGCUGAUGCUCUUAAUCUAUUUAUAAAAAUAUUGUUUCGGUCGGCUCUUUCCUUCAGUCUUCGAAAAAGGAU